AUGAACUUCUACUCUUUUGCUUUUGUCAAAACGCUCCUCCUUAUUGGCUUUGUCAAGCAAGCCGUGGGGGCGGCCUUCACAUACGACGUCCAAGUCAAUGGCCAAUCACACACCUAUAAAUUUGUUGGCCCAACAGAUCAAAAAUGUCUUAUGAUGAAAAUUCCCGUCGAUCCGCCAACCAGAUUUGGAAACUCAAACACUGAAACGAAUACUAUUUGUUGCAAAUACCAAACAGAGCAGAAAACGGCUGCGUGCUGGCUCCAAGAGAAAAUUACAUUCAGUGUUGAGAACGAAGAAUGCGACAAGGGGAUUCCUGGCGCUAGAGACAAUGUUACCAUCACGCAACGGGACGAUAAUCCGUUUAUCCAGAGCCAAGGCAAUACACAACCUUGUUAA